GGCACUACCUUUGCUUUCAAAAUCGCCCACUCCUGUGGAAUCCAAAUCCAAUAUGUUGGAACUGGAGACGAAAGAUACUGUAUUGAAGGAGACUGUGCAAACGGUCAAUGAUCAUCAGGACCCUGUGUAUGCAGAGAGCAGAGAGAGAGAGGACUCGAAGAACGAGGGCAGACAGAGAGAGGCCCCGAAGAACGAGGGCAGAGAGAGAGAGGACUCGAAGAAUGAGGACAGACAGAGAGAGGACUCGAAGAACGACGACAUAGAGAGAGAGGACUCGAAGAAUGACGACAGAGAGAAAGACGCGGCACUGACAUCUGCCAGCCUCAAGGCUGUCAAGAAGGAUCAGCAGCAAGAUGAAGUUGUGCUGGGGAGGAAAAGAGCCUUCGAGAUCAACGACAAUGAAGCACUGCAAAGCAUCCAAGAAUCCCACGCGGCGCAGGAUGGAGUCUCCAAGCUGACUGAAAAGAGCCUUGUUCGGUCGCUGGAGCUACAUGUAGACCACGCCAACAGAACCCGUGAGUCCAUCAACCAUCUAUCGUUUCUGGAUGUUCAGUCAAGCACUCCUCUCAAGACGCAGAAGGAGGCCUCCAGCGCCACCAAGCACUUCCUCCCCCGGAUCUCGAUGGACUCGGCGCUUGCAGAAAUCAAGGAUCUUGAUGAUGCGAUCGACUAUAUUACACAGAUGGCGGCCCAAGGACACGAGCUUCACAAUGACGUGGACGGUGCGCUCACCAAUUUCAUUUCCGCCAUGCCAGAGGAAGAAGAAGAGAUGACCGUUGAGGAAUGGAUUCGGCACAAUGCCGCUAGCUGCCGCAAAAUUGUCGAGGAUCUGGGUGAGCAAAUCGUGCGGAAUUACGAGGCCGAGUUCGACAAGGUAAUCAACUAUGUUGCCGGCUUGGCAACGAUAGAUUAGUGCGGAAGUCCAAGAAUUGAUUGCGCUACGCAUUGAUUCGUGCGAGA